CAUAGCCUCCCCCUGGCUCUGCCCCUCGCAGUCCGCAGCCCACAGCGAGGCAGAGGCAGCCCAGCUCCAGGAGGACUGAACAAGGUGCCACCCCGCCACCACCGCCAUGCCGGAAGUCGAGAGAAAAUCCAAGAUCACCGCCUCCCGCAAACUCCUGCUGAAGAGCCUGAUGCUGGCCAAGGCCAAGGAAUGCUGGGAGCAGGAGAUCGAGGAGCGCGAGGCUGAGAAGUCGCGUUACCUGGCCGAGCGCAUCCCCACGCUGCAGACACGCGGCCUGUCCCUCAGUGCCCUGCAGGACCUGUGCCGGGAGCUGCACGCGAAGGUGGAGGUGGUGGACGAGGAGCGGUACGACAUCGAGGCCAAAUGCCUCCACAACACCCGAGAGAUUAAGGACCUGAAGCUGAAGGUCAUGGACCUCCGAGGGAAGUUCAAGCGCCCGCCCCUGCGCCGGGUCCGCGUCUCGGCUGACGCCAUGCUGCGGGCCUUGCUGGGCUCCAAGCACAAGGUGUCCAUGGAUCUGAGGGCCAACCUCAAGUCCGUGAAGAAGGAGGACACAGAGAAGGAGCGGCCCGUGGAGGUGGGCGACUGGAGGAAGAACGUGGAGGCUAUGUCCGGGAUGGAAGGCCGCAAGAAGAUGUUCGACGCCGCCAAGUCUCCGACCUCCCAGUAGAGGCAAGCUCGCUGCUCCCGCUUCGUGCUGCUUCCUCCAGCCCGGCUCACCCCCUCCCUGUGCCACGUGUCCAUGUCCGGAGCAGCCCUCCCCACCCCCACCUCGUCCCCCUCCUCUGGAGCUGGCAUCCAACAGGCACACGAGAGAGAGGAGGAGCACAGUGUGUGAAGCCCUCACCCCUGCAGGGCGGGACUCCCGCCACCCUGUGGCCUAACAAGCAGAGGAGGAGGAGGAGGAGGCCGGGAGGGUGCCCUCCCUCCAGCCCCGUGCCAAGGCCCUUCGCUGCUUCUCUGGCAUGUAGUGUCCACGGGCAUCGCAACUGCUCCA